AUGCAGAUCCAGACAGCAACGGACGCCAUGAUGUGCCAGGGGUUCUUGAUCACGCUUACAGGUUCCGCUCGGAGUUGGUACCGGCAACUCAAACCAAAUUCCAUCAGUUCUUUCGCGGAGUUGAGUCGACUAUUCCUUACCCAAUUCAUAAGUGGUAAGAGAAGUCAGAAGCCCAACACCCAUCUGUUCACUAUCAAACAAGAUCCGAAGGAGUCAUUGAAAGACUCCAACGCCCGUUUUAAUGAGGAAGCACUGUUGAUAGAAGAUUACGAUGACAAAAUGGCGCUCACUGCUGUGUUCAGCGGGUUAAGAGAAGGAAAAUUCACUUUCUCCAUUGGGAAGAACCCGCCGAAGACGCUGGUUGAACUAGUCGCCCGAGCUCAAAAAUACACCAACGCGGAAGAAUUCUCCAAUGCCCGUAAAAAUGUCUUAGUGCCAGAGAUAAAUGAUAAAGGGAAGAGGCCUAAGAAUGGGGAAGCCCAGCCGUCUAAUAAGGGGACCGACGACCGCGCCCCUCGCGAUCGUCGUCCGAAUAGAAGGCCGGAAGAAAAUUUUCGUUCCUAUACCCCCCUUAACACGUCUGCCAAGUAG